CACACACACACACACACACACACACACACUCAGUGGGCGACUUUCUCACUACCGCAGCUCGUUAUGCCGCUGAAUCAACCGGAGCUCUAACCACGACACCAGCGCGUAAUGACGGAGAGAACCGCCGGAGCGACGCUGGUUUGCGAUCAGAAUGAAGCGCUGUUAGAAAUAACCCGAGUCCUGCCUCGUGACAUGUCAGGAGCGCCUUUCCAUCUCUCGGAGCCCAGAGCCUUCAUCCCUCCGCUCGGAUGCUGAUGAUGGUAGCGCAGCCUGCGUGAUUUCUGCUGGAACAUCCCUAUUUUUUCUUCCUUUUAGCUGAAAUUCAGCCCAACUGACAGAAUGAUUGAGGAGGCCAGCAAGAGCAGCAAGGUCACAGUGGAGAAGAGACAGCUCUUCAUGGAAAUGAGAGCUCAGAACUUUGAUGUAAUCCGUCUGUCAACGUAUAGGACGGCGUGCAAGCUACGGUUUGUUCAGAAAAGAUGCAACCUUCACCUGGUGGACGUGUGGAACAUGAUCGAGGCGUUUCGUGACAACGGGCUCAGUACUCUAGACCACAAUGCGGAGAUAAACGUGUCACGUUUGGAGACCAUCCUCUCCUCCAUUUUCUACCAGCUGAACAAGCGCCUGCCUACCACCCACCAGAUCAACGUGGAGCAGUCCAUUGGCCUGCUACUCAACUUCAUGGUGGCUACCUAUGACAGCGAAGGCCACGGAAAGCUCACAGUAUUUGCCAUGAAGUCAAUGCUGGCAACCAUGUGUGGAGGGAAAAUUGUCGAUAAAUUACGCUAUAUUUUUUCUCAGAUAUCAGACUCCAGUGGGACGAUGGUGUUUGCUAAGUUUGACCAAUUUCUCCGUGAAGUCCUAAAGCUACCUACGGCUGUGUUUGAGGGUCCUUCAUUUGGUUACACAGAGCACUCAGUGAGAACAUGUUUCCCUCAGCAGAAGAAGAUACUGUUGAAUACCUUCCUGGACAUUAUGAUGGCUGAUCCCCCACAGUGCCUCGUUUGGCUACCUCUCAUGCACCGACUGGCCAAUGUAGAGAAUGUCUUCCAUCCGGUGGAAUGCUCCUAUUGCCGGAGCGAGAGCAUGAUGGGUUUUCGCUAUAGAUGUCAGCAGUGCCACGGCUACCAGCUUUGCCAGAACUGCUUCUGGCGCGGCCAUGCCAACGGUCCCCAUAGCAACCAGCAUCAGAUGAAGGAGCACUCCUCAUGGAAAUCCCCAGCCAAGAAGCUCAGCCACGCCAUCAGCAAGUCUCUGGGUUGUGUGCCAAUAGGAGAACCCCCACACCCUGUGUACCCUGAGGCAUCCGAGAGACCACAGGACCUGACACACCCUACUCAUCUGAAGCCCGUGUCCAACAACAUGAACGAUACCGUUCUUGUGUCCUCUGGGGCCCCUACGCCCACCACAAGCACCACUCUGGAGAGUCCCAGCAGGCUGGAUGAGGAGCACCGUCUUAUUGCUCGCUACGCUGCCCGUCUGGCAGCUGAAGCCAGCAAUUCGACACAAUGUCCUCCCACCGACCUGAGCUUCAACUUUGAUGCCAACAAGCAACAGAGGCAACUCAUCGCUGAGCUCGAGAACAAGAAUAGGGAGAUCCUUCAGGAGAUCCAGAGGCUGCGUCUGGAACAUGAGCAAGCCUCUCAGCCCACGCCAGAAAAAGCUCAACAGAACCCGACUCUCCUUGCGGAAUUACGACUGCUCCGGCACAGGAAAGAUGAGCUGGAAAAGCGCAUGUCGGCACUGCAGGAGAGUAGGCGAGAGUUGAUGGUCCAAUUGGAAGGUCUUAUGAGACUGCUAAAGGAUGAAGAGCAGAAGGGCGCUCAAACAGGAGUCUCCCCCCAUUCCUCACCCAGCCACAGUGCCAGUUGCACCAUGCCCAUGCCCAUCCGCUCCACAUCCGCCGGCUCCACGCCUACUCACACACCACAGGACUGCCUGGCUGGUGUCAGUGACGAUGUACUGGAUGCCUUUUCUCAGGGUGUACCUAGAAAUCUCCGAAAUGAUCUAUUGGUAGCUGCGGACUCAAUCACGAAUACCAUGUCAUCGUUAGUUAAAGAGCUCCACUCAGUUGACGAUGGUCUGGAAGAUGAGGAAGUGAACAUGAGGAACGGAAGGGAUAAAGUGUCAGCACAGAGGCAUUAUGGGAACAGACAUUCAACCCCCUCAUUCUAAAUGUCUGGAUGUGACUGGCCAGAACCAGCGACAACAUAUCCCUUCCUGGCAUUCGCACAUAAAGUAAUGCAUGCUCUUCCUAGCCAGGUUUCACUAUGUGAAAUGAACACUUCAUCACAUUUUGCAGAGAGCAAGCUGUAUCUACUAAGGAGAAUCUAAAUAUAUAUAUAUAUAUAUAUAUAUAUAUAUAUAUAUAUAUAUAUAUAUAUAUAUAUAUAUAUAUAUAUAUAUACUAUAUGUCUAUCUGUAUAAACCUGUUGUAAUUAUGUAACAUUUUCAUACAUGUCUGCUAAGGAAUGGCUUGUUUGUGCUUUGUCACGUCAAAGUUUUUUUGUUGUUUUCAGUUUAAUAAAAACGAUCACACUGUGCAUAGUCGGUGUUAACACUGAGAACAAGUCACUGAUCUCAGCUGCAGCUCUUUUCUAUAGGUGUCCUCUGCAGAUAAAGAUUUUGUAGAAUUAGUGAAAACGUUUUGUUUUGUGUCGUUUGAGUUCUGCAUGAAGGUUAUAACUGGAGGACCCUUGUCUUGCAUGUGCCAUUUAUUUUAACUAAAGCGUGGGACUCCAAGCUCUCACCCGCUCUUAUCACGUUCAUCAAAACUGCUGCUAGUCCACCUAGCCCAUGAUAAAGCACUAGGUCAGAGCUGUAUUAUAAAGCCAGGUGUUUGUCAGGGAAUCUCAGUGAGGAUGAUACUUUUAACCAUUUGUUCCUGUUUGUCGAUAUGUGUUUUAAUUCCAUCUUUAUAUUGUACCUCCCUCGAAAGCCUUCCAGUUGUUUCAGUCAUAUAGAUCCGAAUGUUGGCGCAUUAAAAAUGCAGAGUAUAAAAGUGUGUAAUAGAAAAGAAGGAUUUAUGUCUGUAUGGCAAUUUAGGCUGCAUUCUGUCCGGAGUGCAGAUGUCCUUCUGUUACAGUCACUUCAAAAGCUUUUUAGUCAGUAGUCACGCUCUAAAUAAGUGAAUCUGGUGCUCAGGGACUAGUGAUAGUGGCAAAAAAAAAUUAGGGUAUUGACUUCAGCCCAAUAAAAAUUGCCAAUCAAAGAUUAGCAUAGACCACAUUUAUAGAUGGGCCUGAUUGGCCGAUGGUAGUCAAUAGUGUUGUUGCAGGAUGUUCCUACUGGAAUGUGUACAGAGAAUAUGGAAUGUACAUUGAUAAGGUGAUAUAAUAGAAAUUUUUUUUUUUUUGUUGGGGUGGGGGGUGGUAGUUGUUAGGCUUUGGGGUUGUGUAUAAAUCUUUUGUUGAUCUCUCAGAUGUUAAAGUUUUACAGUUCAGAGCUUUACAGUUUUUAGCAAGUAAAUGAUGCUGUACUUGAAUUCAAAUAAAAUUCAGGUUCAAUAUUUGCAUUCAUCAAAAUAUAAUGUAUAUAACUGUGUCUUCUGUUUAUUAUAUUGGUUUGGGAGAAUUUGGAUGGCAAUUCAUUGUCUCUUAUUACAAAAUAUGAAUCUAUUCCUUUCUGAGUCAGAUAGAAUCCAGACUGUUAUGAUUAGGUAAAUUCUUCAAAGAUCAUGUCUUGAAGAACAGAUAUUUAAACUGUGGUAUAGUAUUAUUAUUGGAGAAAUCGCAUAGUGUGAGGAAAUAGAUGGGCAAUAGGCACUGAUCCAUUAUACUGAUUUCUUUUGUAUUUCUAAACUAAAAGCAUAUGCUUCUGCAUUACAUUUGUUGGAUGCCUUUCAUGAAGAGUAAGUUCUUAUCAUUGUUAAACACUGUGUGAAAUCAGUUUCUUCGGUAACAGUAGGUGAAUUUCUUCAUUUCUUUUGCAAACUUUGAUGGCAGUCGAUAAUAACGCUUAAUGUUUUAUUUACAGAAGAUAAUGUUGACGUAUUUCAGAUGGAAACUCUAGGCUUCGAAAUCAGACCUAAAUAACUCAUUUGUUUUUGUUAUUCUUACUGUACAAUGCAUAGUACAGAUUGAACUGGUGCUUUGCUUUGAAAGGUGGGUAGGAACGAUCAUGUAUCAUUUGCUACAAAUAUGAAUGUAGGUGUGCCUAGAUGUACUGUAUAAAGUGCUCUAUAAAAUAAAAAAGUAUUCUGCACAUGUGCGAGUCAACGCUUAGAUAGAAGUUUUAGUAUGUGGCUUUGUAGGAAUGCAAUUAUUUAUCUGUGCUCAUUGGAAAACUUAUUUUUCUGCCUUUAAAUUUGUGCCAAACUGUUCGCCAAACUUUAGCGUGUCCUUACGUCUUCUUUCUGUGUGUUUGUGUUUCAUCCUACGAAUUUCAUUGAAAUAGUUCACUGAGAGGGUUCACAAUCAUGAAAGCUUAAAUGCCAUACAUAUUCAAGUUUGCAAAAUUAACCCUGGGAUCAAAUAUUUAUCAACAAUGUACUGUAUGCCACGCAUUUUAAAAGUGGCUCUUUAGAGUCACACCGUCUGAACAAACCAACACGUUAUGUACUGCUUUCAUUUUAAUAUCCUGUUGUAAUUAUAUGAUUUGUUUGGAAAGCAAGAACUUGUCGCUUCAGAUGAUAUUCUUGCGCUAAAUUAAUUUUAUAUGUCAGGGCUUUGCCGCUGUAUUCUUUGUUUGUUGCAAUGUUUAACUUUCAAAACCAUGAUUUAUGUCUAUCAGAUACAUGUCUUUUUUUGUAAAUUAUUAAAGGUGAAAUAUAUAAA